AUGUUUAAACAAAUGCAGUUUCUUGACCCACAAGCUGUCAAGUCUCGUAGAAUUGAUUCAUUGGUCCCUUUGGCAGUAAAGUUUCCAAAUUUGAUCUCAGUUGAUGAACUGCAACAACUAGACACAGAGUGGCGGUUUUUGCGUAAUAAUAAAGAUUUGGCGCCCGAUGAAGCAGAAGAUCUCGAAACCUACUGGUGUAAAGUCACUGCAGCCCGUGAUCCUGUUAACGACAGCAAUCAAUUAUAUCCCACGCUGUCGAAAUUUGUUUCUGCAAUCUUAAGUCUACCUCAUUCCAGUGCCGCCGUAGAGAGGAUCUUCUCAUCUAUAAAUUUAAUAAAGACAAAACAACGCAAUAGACUUAAUACAGAUACUAUUAGGUCUUUUACAUACAAAGCAACUGAUUGGUACAAAACCUUGCUAUAG